AUGGUCUUUAACUCUUGCUUCACCUUCACCAACAACGGGGAACCUCUCAAGCAGGAAACCUGCUUGACACAGGGGCACAUCACUGGGGCACAACACAGCAUUGCCUGCUUGCAAAAUGGUGGAGUUUCUGUACCACCACAUAAGCCAACUCGAAGGAAACCGCCGUGCUCCCUUCCGCUGUAUCCCAAGACCGAGACAAGCCAAAAUGAUGAGCAAAAGCCGUCUCCAAAUGCUUGCCCUAUGCCCAAGGUCAAGGUGAAAAGCUCCCCGAUGAUUGAAAAGCUUCAGGCCAAUCUGGCUUUUGCUCCAGCUGCCCUGCUACCAGGAGCCUCUCCCAAGAGCCCGGGUUUGAAAGUCAUGGUCUCUCCGUUCAGCACUCCCCCCUCCACCCCUACAAGCCCAGGCAUCCAGUCUCAAUCCAGUGAGCCCAAAGAGACUCCGGUCAGUUUUGAUCAACCCCCAGAAGGCACUCAGCUGCAAUUCUAUAACAAGGUGCGGACACGAGGAUCAAUAAAGCGUAGGCCUCCGUCCAGGAGAUUCAGAAGAUCUCUGUCAGAAUAUGGAGAUGGGGAAGAUUUAGGGGUCAACAUCUCCUCUCCAGAAAAUGGUGCCAAAGAAGAUGGGGAUGAGGCAUUUGGGCCCAAAGGCAAGACAGAGGAGGCAGAAACAGCUAGCAAAGCACUAAAGAAACAGUCAGGGUAUGAUGAAAAGCCUCCAUCAAGGAGAGGAUCCAGCAGAUCAGAAAAUGAAGAAAAAGGGGAAAAACAGGAAGAGGAAAUGACUCCUUGCAAGAAUAAUGCGGGGGAUACAGAGGAGAAGGUGAGUUGUGCCUCAAGGGAGGAGAAUGCUCCCCAGUCUCCCUCUGGAGAUAAGGAAGAGGAGGUGUGCAAGGGUCCACGGGGUGAAAAGGAAGAGAGUGCCUGUAAACAGGAAAAACGUGACAAGGAGAAGGAAGAAGUGGAAAAGAAGGAGACCAGUGAGAGCACAGACACACAGGGAGUAUCAAACACUGAAGAAACACGAUUAGCUCCUGAGACACAGCAGGCAGAAGCAGGCUUGGAAACUGCCGGUGAAUCUUCAACAUCACCCACACAGGACCAGGAGACAGAGCGACUGUGAUGCACAGGACAUACCCUGCCAAGACAGAGGAGACAACACAUGAAUAGGAGCCAUCUAACCCAAUCAAUGUGGAAGCUGCUGGAAAACUAGUGGGAGAGGAGCGGAAUACAGAUAUCCUCUGAGGUGAAGAA